UUGAUGGAGUGGCUCUACUUUGUGUUAGUGAUCACUUCAUUCAUCACUUGUUGGGAAGUCUCUCAGGAUGUGGUCCAAAGAAGUCUUCCAUGGCUCAGGAGAAGUUCUCCAGAAACUUCUUCAAAAAUGUAAUCGAAAGAAAAAGAGAGGAGGUGAGAGAGAGGAGGCGGCGCUGAAACUCUCCCUCUUUUGCUUCCCCGUCACUCCAGCUCUGUCGGUUCCCGCGCCUGAGCCGUGACACAGAUUUGCUGGUGUCUUCUGCUCCCCAAACUCCAACCUUGAUGAAAUAGCUGCUGAAGUGGCAGAGGAGCUGUCAGCCACCAACUUGCAAUAAAGAAGAGCGCCCGGAGGGGCUGAAGCAGCCGCAGACGAGCGGUGACAGCCGAGGGAGGCAGAGGAGAGUCUGCGCGCAGGUGACCGAGAUCCGAUGGAGGCGCGCGGUACGUGGGGUUAGGACGCACCCCCUGUGGAAACGCUUUGCUUUGUGGAUUAUAAAGUGCUGUUUUUUGGCACUGACCGGAACUGCAUCUUUCACCAAAUUCUAAUCAAGACCAUGAACGAUUCACCGACACAGCGCAUGAAAAACAUGCGGCAGCUGGCUUUGGAGAUUGGCAUCCGAGUUCUGCUUUUCGGAGUUUUCGUGUUCACAGAGUUUCUGGAGCCUUUUGAGAGAGUCAUUCAACCAGAGGAGCUUUGGCUUUACAAGAAUCCUUUAGUGGAGUCAGACCACAUUCCCAAGAGAGUCAUGUUUGCCAUUUCUUUCCUUACCCCACUGGCCGUCAUAUUUGUGGUGAAGAUAAUUCAAAGGACGGACAAGACGGAGAUCAAAGAGGCGUGCUUAGCUGUGUCCCUCGCUCUCGCCUUAAAUGGAGUUUUCACAAAUACUAUCAAGCUGAUUGUUGGAAGACCCAGACCAGAUUACCUGCAGCGCUGUUUUCCAGAUGGACAGUUGAAUCCAAAGAUGCUGUGCACCGGAGAGCCGGAGUUGGUCUCUGAGGGACGGAAGAGCUUCCCCAGCAGCCAUUCCUCCUUUGCGUUCUCUGGCCUCGGUUUCACGUCCUUCUACCUGGCGGGAAAGCUGCAGUGUUUCACGGAUCAGGGCCGAGGUCGCAGCUGGCGUCUCUGUGCCAUGGUGCUGCCUCUGUACAGCGCCAUGAUGAUCGCACUGUCCCGGACCUGCGACUACAAACACCACUGGCAAGACGCCUUUGUGGGAGGAGUCAUUGGGUUGCUGUUCGCGUACAUCUGCUACCGCCAGCACUACCCGCCGUUCCUGCACAUGGACUGCCACCUGCCUUACGCCAGCUUGGUUGGCCCCUCCACUUCAGCCUCCCAACUUCAGGACGACCCACAGCCCACCGACAACGCCACCACCCUCCCUCUUGAAGGUUUGACUGAAGGGCCAGUAUGACUAGUGGCCACAGCGGAGGCUUCCAGCGAUCUCCUCAAGUCCCCGAGUCCUCCUCCUCUCUCAUAGUGACUGUAGCCAACGUUCCACUCAACCUCCCCGUAUACAUUUACAUUCUGUGGUGCUGCCUCGGUCAGUCUUACACUGUUUUAUGUUCUCCUCCUUAGCUGCCAUUAAAAUAUAUAUUUAGAUUUGAUAGAUGAGAGGGAUCUGCGAAUGUGGGGCAUCACCGCUGAGAGGGAGGAAACGUGUAGAGAACUGUUGGCAGCUUCAGCUGAAACCUUUGAUGAGAGCCGUGGCUGUCACGCCGCUUUGUCGAAACACAGUGGUUGGGAGUGUGUAUUUGUGGACCCAGAGAGGUCCUAUAGGAUGUCACAGAAAAACAAACCAUGAGCAUGUUGAGUCUCCCGUCAGGAAGUAAUGGCAGAAAUUACACCACAGUGUUUUAGAUGUAUUUUCACAAACAAUAAAGGCUUUUGUCUGAAAAUCAAGGACUUGCAGGACCACUCCACACUCAUGCCUCCUGCGCUUUUCAUCAGGUUCUGUCGCCCAUAGCAACCAAACAAUAAACACACAGCAAAGACAUUCCUGGAGAAUCUGUAUGGUAGAAGUCUAAAACAAUAUUCAAUAUUCUGUUUCUCUCUGCUCUCCUGGGCUUGCAGUCCUACACUGCUUCAUUCUCUUCCUCUGCUCGCCACAUCAUCUCUCCCAGGCGCCGCUGAGCACAUGUUCCACCAUGCUGGACAGAGAAACUGACUCUCAAUGAGUGCAAUCAAUUACCGGCAGGUGAGCUGGCAGAGCGGCGUCCUGACAGGCACAAACUCUGAACUGAUCCGGCAUUAAUCCUCAUUAAGUUUGGUCAGCCACCGCUGCUUGAGAGGGUAUUACGGCGAUAUGACGCGUCCUGGGAGCUGACCAAGCAUGGAGAAGAGCUGUUAGUCUCCUGACGCCCCACAAAUAGACAAUCUAGCAGAAGACAGACGGCCUCCUAGGACUUUUAUUUCAUGUAUUUUUCAUGAAUUACCUCCAUUAUUUAUAACAGGAAACAAAGCAGGCACCAAAGACAUCCUCAUUUCUUUUAAUUGAUUUUGCACUUUAAUAUCACACAGCUAGAUCAUUGACACUUUGCAUACUGAUUGCAGCAUUUAUAAAUGUAUUUCAAACUAACGUCUUUGUUGCCUGGGAUUGUGUUGCCAUGGAUGUGACUUUCACUGGAGACAUCUUCCAGUUUGACUCUCCAACCUCCCAGGAAGCUUAGAGCACAAAAUCUUUAUUUACAUCAGCUGCAUUAGGCUCCCUGUGUGUCCCCUUUUUCUGCUGUAUCCUUUGUUCUUAUGUGUGUGUGUGCGCGUGUGUGUGGGGCAAACAAAGCCCUUUUCACACUGAUGCAAUACAAAAUGAAACUUUACAAAGAAAACCCUUCACAUGAGGGUAAACGGUGCUCCACUCUGUGUAUCGGGUUCUGAGAAAAACCCUGAUGAGACUCCAAAAUUUGACUUUAACAAAAGAACUAUCUUUUUGUGGUUUCAACAUCGACCUGAAAUCUGUGAAUGUGGGGUUCUGGGACCUUGAGGCGGAAAAAAAAUGAUUGUAAGACGUGUAUUUAAUUGUGUUCUACUGCAUUUGCCUGAGCUGGAAGUCUGAUGUGUUGUUAGUUUGUGCUCUUGUGUGGUUCCGCGUACAUUUUUAAGAGAUAAUUAUCCUUGCUAUGCUUGAAAUUUUCCAAUGAAGAGGUAAAGUUUGGUGCAAUGUAUACUUUUGUAGCAGUGUGCACAGUUUUAGUGAAAGUGAAAACUCAUUUUCUACCAAACAAAAAUAGAAAAUCAUUAUUUUACAUUUUGUGUUGAUACAUUCUUUGCUUUGGUUCUGUCUCCUCCAAGGCUGAGUGGAUAAAAGUAACUAAAACCUGUAAAAGAACAUUGAAAUAGCCAUCUGUUGUUAUUGUGAAGAAAAAUUAGGUGUUUUUCUGUCCAUGGCAUGCUGCUAUCAUUUGUGAGAAAAUACUUUUCUAUGACUAAGCAUGCCAGGCCUUGAAGACUGAGUUGUGUUUUGCUGUUUGUAUUAUUUACAUAUAAUAAAGAACUGCAACAGUGU